AUGGCGGCCGAGCAAUCAAAUGGCGUAGCUGCCGCCGUGGUCGAGGUAUCCAUCGACGGAAAGCCUGCAUCCAUCGGAUACGACCAUGAGUUUCUCUUUGUCGUGCGAGGCCAUCACAGCCAGGCAGAUGCGAUGUUAAGCAAAGCGUAUGUACGCGUUCCGCUCACUCUAGUACUCAACGCGUCCUUUGUUUCAGACUCGGAUGGCGGCUCUCUUCUUGUACGGAUCUUGUCACCACCAGUGCAAGCACAAGGCAGUCAAGCUCCCGGCCCGUUUUCCUUUUUCAAGAAGGACCGAUCUCGCCCCAAAUGCAUGGAAUCGCUUUCGCAGCAAGCUUACCAAGAGCUGACGCCAGCAGAGCGAAUCGAGCGACUCCGAGAACAGCUUGAAGGGCCGUGCUCGAGCCUUCGCCUUGUCAAGAUCGAGGCUCGCGUCGUGGCUGUCAAGGAUGGAACAGCUAUAGAGGCAAAGACGCAGUCCUGGGUCGAUCGGGUCAUGAGCGCAGCGUAUCAGCAUGUCAAGCCGUACAAGAGGAUCAAGGUGCUCAUCAAUCCAGCCGGUGGUCCCGGAAAGGGUCGACAGCUUUUCGACAGUCGUGCUCGACCUAUCCUCGAGGCCGCAGGCUGUAAGCUCGAUGUCACCGUAACAACACAUCGAAUGCACGGGUUCGAGAUUGCACGGGAGCUCAGAAUAGCAGAUUACGAUGCAGUCGGUGUAGUCAGCGGCGACGGCCUGCUACACGAAUUGCUCAACGGAUUUGCAACCCGAUCGGACGCCAGACAAGCGCUUGCUCUCCCCCUAGCGCCUAUACCAUCCGGAAGCGGGAACGCCAUGUCCAUCAACCUACUUGGCGCACAGCAGGGAUUCAGUCUCGCCCUUGCAUGCCUUAACAUCAUCAAGGGCCGCCCGAUGAAGCUCGAUCUGCUUAGGGUCACGCAGCCUGCUUCUGCGUUUCCGCCUGGUGUGCCAGUACCAGGACGAUCGUUGAGCGGAUCUUUGGGCAAACGCGGAGGGAAAACGGCUGGUGAGCCGACGCUCAACGGCAAUCCAUCUGCGUCGGCGCGAGGCUCAGAGGAUGUGGCUAGACUCAUUGAUGCGCCUUCCAAGCCUUUCGUCCAGUACUACUCGUUUCUCUCACAGGCUAUCGGCAUCCUAGCCGACCUUGAUCUAGGUACCGAGCAUCUUCGUUCACUCGGAGAUACACGCUUCCUCAUAGGCUAUGCGUCUUCGGUGUUGCGCAACGCCAAAUGCGAUGUCGACGUUGACAUCAAGCUCGGAGCACGAGGUAGCAAAAACAGGGCGGAGAUGCGUCAACGAGUGAUUGAUUUUUACCAAGCGCGUUCGCGGUCAACUGCCGAUCAGAACGCAGAUGGAGCCACAGAGGGCGGCGACCUGGAUGAGGGACAAAAUUCAUUGACCCAGAAUGCGCAGGACAGCUCUGUCUCUGCAUCAUCGCCGUGCGACUUGGUCCAUGGAGACGUCACCCAGCCACUCACUACAAGCUCGAAUCCUCCACCGCCUUUCGAUAUGCGCGAUCCCUCGUGGCCACACUCGUUGCUUUCGAAAACAAGUUCAGUCCGUCAAGUCGAAGCGGCUUUGCAAGCGUCCCAGGGCGAUGAGCAGGCGUUGCAAUCGGGCUGGAUGCGUAUUCAAGAGCCGAUAGCAAGUCUGUACGGGGGCAAGCUACCCUUUGUCAGCCGUGACAUGAUGCAAUUCCCAUUUGCACUGCCCAAUGACGGCACCAUUGACGUUGCCAUGAUCCUUCAUGCAGGAGGCAGAGCUGCCAAGCUGCCUGAGGAUGGAUACGCGGAAAAUGGACAGAUCGUUUACCAAAAGGCAAUGACCUACCUCAAAGUUGAGGCAAUCCGUGUGACGCCCAAGCGCAAGGAAGGAGACAAGAAGCUCAAAAUGGGAGGACUGAUCAGCAUCGAUGGUGAAAAGGUGCCCUAUGCUGCCUUCCAGGUCGAGGUUGCACGUGGUCUGCAGUACUCGGUCCUGUCGCUGUACGGUCGGUUCUGUGUACCAGUGGUGGAGCCGCCAGCAAUGGCGUGA